GGAGGAGGGACAGGAUAAUGAGCUAUUCUUGUACCAGCGCAGGCACCAGCCAGGACGCAUCGAGCUGUAAUAAGAAGUGCGGCGGCGGCGUUAAUCCCGCCAGUCGCAGCGGCACCGGACACGUCGAGCUCAGUCCCAGUCCCAGCGACGGCGAGUCGAGCUCGAACCCUGAACCCGAGGAGGCCAUGAAAGUCAAGAAGGGCUGCAACACCACGGACGUGGGAGUCCCCGUCACCACCGAGGAGGACCUGCUGGCCAACACCAUCAUCACCCCGGAGGACGUGCUGGGAUUGCAGAAGAUCACGGAAAACUACUUGUGCAGUCCAGAGGACAACGUAUACAACAUUGACUUCACGCGCUUUAAGAUAAGGGACAUGGAGACAGGGACAGUGCUGUUUGAGAUUACAAAGCCUCCAGUAACAGACAAAAGUGGAGAGAAACGAGACAUCGACCCCAGUGCUGGACGAUUCGUGCGAUACCAGUUCACUCCAGCAUUUCUACGCCUACGUCAGGUUGGAGCCACUGUCGAGUUCACAGUGGGCGACAUUCCCAUCAAUAACUUCCGCAUGAUCGAGAGGCAUUACUUCCGCGAUCAGCUGCUGAAGAGCUUUGACUUCGAGUUCGGCUUCUGCAUCCCUAGCAGCAAGAACACCUGCGAGCACAUCUACGAGUUCCCGCCACUCUCGGAGGAGAUCAUGCGCGAGAUGAUCCUGCACCCCUACGAGACGCAGUCUGACAGCUUCUACUUUGUGGACAACAAGUUAGUCAUGCAUAACAAAGCAGACUACUCUUACAGCGGCGGUCCUUAAGACGGAGCUGACCUGGAUGGUUUGACGGGUUCGGCUGAACGGACGAAUGCCCAGCCCACGUGCGUCUGUGUGCACCAAUCACGCUGUCCCUGAAUUUGUGUCAUUGACAUGUGGUGAUGCCUGUCUGUGUGAGACCAAUGAUUAGAUGACCAUGACAUUUCACACGUAUAUACAUAUCAAAAAUGUGUUUAAGAUUAUUUUUUUUCACAACACACCAGCAAAACUACUGUUUAUUUGGUAAAUUAAUCCUAAUAUUAGUGAGUAUUCUUUUUUUGGGACAGGUGGAUUUAAAUUCUACAGAUAUUUACUGUAUAUGGCCAAAUAUGGCAAUGGUGCUGGGUGGUAAAGGUUAUGAUUAGGGCUAUAUGCUUGACUGGUCCACUGUGUGUGUGAGUGUGUGUGUGAGUGUGUGUGUGAGUGAGAGAGUGUGUGUGAGUGAGUGAGUGAGAGAGAGAGAGAGAGAGCGAGAUUGGGUAAUGUUUUAUGCUGUGAGACUGACUACUGAUUGUUUAAGGGAGUGUGCAUUUGAGCGUGCGUGGCACUCUUACAUAUCGAUUCACAAACACAGAUUCACAGAUUCGCUUCGAUCAUCAUUUUCUCAGAGUGAGAUUUAAUAUUUGAAACUUAAAGAAUACAAUAGGAGAGCAUUGCUUCUUCUUCUUCUUGUUCUUCUUCUUCUUCUUGUUCUUCUUCUCCUUCUUCUUCUUGUUCUUCUUCUUCUUCUUCUCCUUCUUCUUCUUGUUCUUCUUCUCCUUCUUCUUCUUGUUCUUCUUCUCCUUCUUCUUCUUGUUC